AUGGCAGUGUCCAUGUGGCCAGACAUCUCUCACCUCUCCGUCUCAAGGCCGGAGCUUAUCAAUGUUCUGAGGCAGAUGGGCCAGCAGGUCAAGUGGCCUCAUAAGAUGAAAGCCCACGACUCUUUCUGGAAUCCUGGCUUCUGGUGCGACUUCCACCAAGAUCACGGUCACAAAACGGAGGACUGCGUUGCACUAAAGAUCGAGGUCAACGACCUGCUUAGGAAAGGGCACCUUAGAGAGUUCCUUUCCGAGAAGGCCAAGAGCCAUCUAAGCAAGGAGACUACGGGUAAGCCCACUGAAGCUGCUCCCGUCUCGCCACCGCGACAGGAACGAGUUAUCCAUGUCAUCUCGGGCGGUUUGGAAGUCAGCGGCAUAAGCCAUGCAGCCGCGAGGAAAAGCACCUGGAAUGCCAAGCACGGCCUAGAGGCUGCCAAGCCAAAACGCCUGCUCCUAGGGACGGAUGAAAUAAGUUUCACGGCCAAAGAGCUAGAGAAAGUCCUCACUCCUCACCACGACACCCUGGUUAUCUCGCUCACUGUAGCGAACUGCCUGGUAAAAAGGAUACUGGUAGAUAAUGGAAGUUCAGGCAACAUCAUCUUCCAGGCCGCAUACAAGGACCCGAGGCUGGAGGAAGGCGCUCUAACUCGUAGGGUAACCCCCCUUAUAGGUUUCAGCGGGGAAGUCAAGCAAACCACUGGGGAGAUAACCCUACAUGUAUACGCCGAAGGAGUCAACAUGUCAACCAAAUUCCUCGUGGUUGAUUGCGAUUCGUCCUACAACAUGAUCUUAGGACGGCCCUGGAUCCACAGAAUUGGGGCUGUUCCCUCGAUUCUUCACCAAAUGGUGAAGUUCCCUACGCCCUGGGGGCAUAAAGGCGAUCAGAGGGGAUCAAGAAUAUUCCCGCGCCUGCUAUCAGACCACUCUGAAAGGAAAGACCAAGGUCUUAUAGCAAUUACAGAGCAAACCUCAUCACACCGAGGAACCGGAGGUAGAAGAAAUGGAUGA